AUGUCCUCCCUCGACAACCAGCUCUCUGCGUUUAAAAACAAGAUCAAAUCGGCGCCUACGAUCAAGAAGCCGUCGUUUGUGGCUAAACGCAAGGAGGAGGAGGAGGGUGUUGGUGGUCAACAAAAGAAGCGUAAGGUGGUUCCGCCCGUGAACCCCUUCAAUGAGAACGUUGGCCGCCACGCUGCUACACAGUUGAUGCAUGCUGUGGAGUACAUCAAAAAGCAGGUUGGUGUUGUUCCGAUCGAGAACAUUCGAUCAUACCUGUCGCUGCAAAGCGCUGAUUUCUUGGUGCCCCUAUUGAAGAAGAUGGACCAGAUGUCCUACAACGCUGUCCAGAGGGGAUUUGAGUACAUGCCCAAAUUCAAUAUCCGUACCAAGGCACAGCUCAUGGCAUUUCUUAAGUCUCAACCUACAGCCAAGGGUCUCAGCGUGCGCGAUCUUAAGGACGGCUGGGCCGAUUGUCUAGACAGUAUCGAAGAGCUUGAGCAGAGCGGAGAUCUGAUUGUUCUCCGUACCAAGAAGGAGAACUCACCAAGAAUGAUGUGGGCUAAUAUGGGUGGGCCAAUCGGCAUGGUUGAUGGAGAGUUCCGGUCAAUGUGGUCACAGAUCAAGGUCCCCGAUGAGUCCGAGUUGCCGUCGAAGUUGGAAGAGGCUGGCCUCAAGCCUACAUCUGUGGAUCCUGCCACUAUCAAGAGCAACAAGGCCAACGGGAAUGGUUCAAAGAAACAAAAGAAGCCCCGUCGAAGCAAGAUCACAAACACACAUCUGGAUGGUGUCCUCAAGGAUUACGGCAGAUAG